AUGAAUCUUCGUUUCUCAAAUAGCUGCGUCUUGAAUGUGCCCAAUGCAGCUCACAAGCAUCUUUCACUUGUUCUUCCGAACAAAAUCACCACCCAGGUAUGGGAAUGCAGUGCUCUGGAGCGUCCUAUACUCUACAAUGGCUCGACAUACUUUCCUGUUUCCUUUACAAAAGAGGAACUAGCUGAAGCGUACAAAAAGAUCAAUGCAACCAAAGGUUGGACUGUUGAGAACAGAGGCCAGCAGAUGUCGUAUGUUGGCGAGUUUGACAAUGGCCGGUUCAAGGUGCGCAUGGCACUGCAUUGCAAUCCCCACAGACCGGAUCUCAUCACGGCCUAUCCGGUGUCACGAAUCGACCGUCACCUACACACAGACUUCUUACAGUUAGACAAAGAUGAAUGCCUCGUUCACAGAAGCACACACCAAUUCGUUGAAGGAGUAGCGCAGGAUAACGAGAGUCCUUUGGAAGCCUUGAGAGAAAUCGCAGACAGCUUCAUCACGAGAGCACAAUACAAGAAAUCUUUCUCCUGUAAAGGCUGUGUUCUAAAACUAUAUCUGGGUCUAGAUCAUGAUGAUGAUUGUCCAACGAUCAAAACCAAAAGUCAAUGGACCAGUCCUAUCAUAUUGAAAUGGAGAAAUGAACGCUAUUAUGGCAGCUGGUGCUUCAACAAAAUGGAUCAGGGAACACCUUGGUACUUCGUCCUUGUUCCUAACAAGUCCAUGGUAUUGAUUCUCCAAUGCUGCGACUGGGGGCGCCGCGAAGUGCAUUAUUAUAUCCCUUGGGAUGGGACCCAGGCAAGCAGGCUUCAAGAUUUGGCUGGGGUUGCCAAGGUCUACUGUGCCAACCUGGACAAGAAGGUUCGAGUGUUGGAGCGAUUCAGAUUGGGGAUUUGGUUCAGAGGAGCCGAACUUGGUACAAGACAUUGGGCGAAGGAAAACGAAGAGGGUCUAGAGCUCAUUGACUUUGGGAAAGGUCCGGUCGAGGCUUUCUUUAUCCUGCAUCCAGCACGUUUCGUCGGAUACCGGUAUAGACACAGGGGUCCCCGCCGGAUUGGUUGCCACGAGGAUUCGGAUAUGUUUGACGGGGACUUCGUGGUUCCUUACCAUGCUACCCUGGAAGCUUCCAUACGGACUUUGGCCGCAGAGGUGAAAGCGUACGAUCAAAUUCAGACGGGUAUGCAAGCUGCUAUGCAGAAAGUACUCAAUGACGAUCCAGUGGGCAUAAUUGAUUAACGAGGACCAAACAAGCACCUCAGGCAUUUCCAUGCAAUAUUGGAGCAAAUUUGCAGACUGAUUUCCUGGUUCCCGCGCAAAGAAGUUGGUUUUAAUCUGCAUUCAUGGUUCCCCAUGUGUGGUCUCCAUUGGGUGUCCAUCCUUCGGGCCGUUCCUUCUCUACUUUGGCCAGAUAUGCAUCCUCGUUGGUGCCCGAACACCACGUCCCUGUCAAGAGAUCCACAGGCGUAAAUGUC